AUGUCUACCAAACCUUUAUGGUAUCGUUGGGCAAGAGUCUACUUCGCUGGGACUUGUAUAAUAGGAUCAGGAGUACUUUUAUAUAAAUAUACUACUCCAACUGAUGAAGAAUUAAUAGCAGCAUUUUCACCUGAAAUUAGAGCUGAAUAUGAACAGAAUAAAGCAGCCAGAAAAAGAGAAGCGGAAGAAUUAUUUAAAAUCAUGAAACAAACAUCAUCAUCCAAUGAUCCAAUUUGGAAAACUGGCCCCAUUGGAUCCCCAUUUGAAAAAGAUCAAAGAAAUUUAUCUCAAACUUUAAUUGAUUAUGAACAAUUUAAAAAGGAUUCUGGUAAUGAUUUUAAAAAGGAUGAAAUUGAACAAGCUAAAUUACAAUUGAUUGAAACUGAAAAGUUAAAACAACAACAAAAGAGUUCAAGUUGGUGGAAUUGGUCAAAAUAA